AUGGUGUCCUGCUAUGACGAUGUCCGUCACAUUACGGACGAAAGUUCAGCAAAGAUUCAUCGGGAUCGCAAGGCGGUGCGCCGAGGACCUUUCGCACAAAUUGAUAACCACAGCUCCAAGGAGAUCCCCCCCCAACCCCAGAUGGAACCAACUUACGAAUCCCUUCCACUUACCCCUUCAAACCAAAUUAAAGGUACUCCAACAUCAAUCUACCAAGGGAUUUUUCGAAACUCAGUUUUUCUACAUACAUUUAGAGAUUAA